UUAUGUGAUUGGAAUGUUUGUUGUUUUUUUUUUAACUUUUAUCCCAGCAGGUGCCAACUUAAUUUAAUGCAAAAACAUUUAUCAUUAACGGUAGCUAAACAUCCUUUUAUCUUGCAGAACUUACUGGCACAUGUGAAAAAAACUAAAACUAGACAUGUCGAAAAUAGAAAAGAUGAGCAUUCAAGGCAUUCGAAGCUUCGGACCAGAUGAGGACAAUAAGCAGCUCAUACAGUUCCAGACACCCCUGACGUUAAUACUCGGACCCAAUGGCACUGGUAAAACUACAAUAAUAGAAUGCCUUAAGUACAUGACCACUGGUGUGAUGCCCCCUGGCUGUCUCAAAGGUGGUGCAUUUAUUCAUGACCCAAAGGUGGCAGGUGAACGUGAGGUGAAGGGUCAGGUGAAGCUGCAGUUUCGCGACAUAUCCAACAAGCCGCUGAUUGUGCAGCGCUCCCUGACUGCCACACAGAAGGGAAAGAAGGUAGAAAUGAAAACCUUAGAUGGAGUCAUAACUCGAAUGAAUGCUGCUGGGGAAAAGCAAAGCAUUAGCUCCAAAUGUAUGGACCUUGAUAGAGAGAUGAUAUCAUCUCUGGGGGUGUCAAAGCCAGUGUUGGAGAGUGUGAUCUUCUGUCAUCAGGAGGACGCCAACUGGCCUCUGGGUGAGGGAAGGGCAGUGAAGGAGAAGUUUGAUGCCAUAUUUGCGUCUACGCGAUAUGUAAAAGCCCUGGAGAGCAUCAAGAAGACAAAGAAAGAACAGGAUGAAAAACUGAAGCUCUAUAGGGUUGAGAUUCAGCAUUUAAAACAGAACAAGGAGACUGCACAGAAGCUGGAGGCUGACCUUCGGGAAACAGAAGAUAAGCUGACACAGUCUAAGGACUCUGUGAAACAGGUGGAUGAACAGUUGGCCCCUAUCCAGGAAAAACUGAAGAAAAUUGACGAUCAGUCUGCAGAGAUAUACAACAUACAAAAUAAUAUCACGAAAUGGUCAAGUGAGAAGAAGCAGCUAGACAAGUCUACAGCAGAACUUCAACAACAGAUUGAGAUUGAGUUUAAAGGUUCGGAUGAAGAGCUGAAGAAGGUCCUGGCAGAUUUCCAAGACAAGUUGGAGGAGAGGCAGAAAACACUUAAAGAGUAUGAAAGCCAAAACACGGAGCUGAGUCGUCUUUUGGAGAAAACUGACCGUGAGAAGUCCUCCAUACUGGUGGAGGUUGGCCGCUUGGAACAGGAGGCACAGAGACAACAGGAGAAUGUGCAGAAGCGAGAUGAUAUGAUAAAGGAGUAUGCAGAGGAAUACAACUUUCCAGGUUUUCAAGGGCCGAUAGUGGAUGAGAAGUACAAGCUGUUUCUAAAGAGCAUGCAGGGUAAACUGGAGCAGAUGAUGAAUGACACAAAGCAGAAAAAGGAAGAAUUUGACUCGAGGGAGUCAGAGAUCCAGAGCAAGAUAGAUGAGCUAAGGACCAACAAGACCAAACUGGAGCAUAGUGUCCUUAUGAAGAAGGAGACGAUGGCUGAGAAUCGUGAGAAGGUCAAGGUAAUCAAUAGGAAGUUGAGCGCCAUUGAAGCCUCCAGUGGGCGUCUGGACCAGAUCAAACUAGAGCUGCGAAGACAUGAAGUAGACCUGGAGACUCAAGAAGGCUCUGUGAAUCCUGAGGAUCUCAAGAAGGAGAUUGCCAGUCUGACCAAGGAGAAAGCUGCCAGGGAGGCAAAGAUAAGUGAGCUCAAUUCGGAGAUGAACAAACUGACUCUGCAGUCCAGUGCGCAGGCUGAGCUGGACAUGUACAAGAAGGAGAUGGUCACCAAACAGGAGAAUGUUCGAAGGCUGCGUGCCAAGCGUGAAUCUAUGAUAAAGAACCUGUUGGGCACGAUGCCUAGUGAUAGUAAGAUACGGGAAGAAAUCGAAGAAUACAUCAGUAAUCAAACCAACGAAGUGCACAAAUCAAGAAGCAAGAUGCAGCAGAUUAAUAACUCACUGUCGCAGUUGGAGGCACAGAGAAAAAUGUACAUGGAACAAAAUAACAAGAAAGAAGGAGAACUUAAAGGUCUGGAGGAAAGGGUAUACAAAGUGUGUGGCAGUCAAAACUUUGAUGAGGGACUCAGUCUUGUACAGGACAAAGUGGAGAAGGCUAGAGUUCAGAGAGGUUCAUUGCUCGGUGCUGAGCAUUUCUUUAAGAAGUAUAAAGAAGACUUGGAGAAACUGAACCCCUGCUGUCCCCUAUGUCACCGAGCCUUUGAUAGUGACCAGGAAGUGAAGGAUCUUGUAUUGGAGCUUCGUGAGAACCUGCGUAAGGUGCCUGUGAAGCUGGAGAAGGCCACGAAGGAGGUUGAAGAGUAUCAGGAGCAGUAUGACCAGAUCAUGCAGCUGAAGCCUCUCAGAGCACAGAUGGAGGUUUUGGAGAAGGAAGAGCUGCCUACGUUGAAGACGUCACUGAAACGAUGUCAGGACGAGACACACAAGUUAAAGGAGCAGCUGGCAGAUGUUGAAGAGGCUCUGGAUAUCCAGGACAGCGAUGCUCAGAUGGCUAAGGAGGCACAGCCAGACAUUGUCAUGAUAGACCGUUACCAGGGCGAGGUGGUAGAACUGGAGAGGAAAAUCAGAGACCAGUCUGCCAAACUAGUGGGAGGGGGUACUGGCCGCACGCUCCAAAAAGUGAUUGAAGAGAAAGAAGAGCUGCAAAUUCAAGUGGAUGAUGCAAGCAAGCAGCUGGAUCGUAAGAGGAACAAGCUAAACGAGCACAUGGAAAGUGUGCAGGUGCUCCGAGCAACUAUCACGAGUCUGCGGGAGGAGAAACUGGGCAUUGAGAAUGACCUUCAGCAGAGGCUCAAGCUGGAGGAGGACAAGGGGACCCUGGAGGCCCAGGAUAGCACCCUGGAUAUGGAGAUAAAAGAAGCUACAGAGCAGCUUCGUCCACUUGAGAAAAAGAUCAAUGGUUUUAUCAAAGAGAAAGAAGCAUCAAUUGCAGAAAAAGAGGAAAAGAUUGAAAUCGCAAAGGCAGAGAUAGAGGUGGUCAAGAGACAUGCUACACAAGUAAAGGAUGUAAACCAGGAAAUCAAGAGCUAUAAUCAGUCUGGUAAAGCCCAGAACUUGGAGGACAGCAGAGAGCGUAAGGCGAGGCUAGAAAAGAAACAAGAAGACUUGGAUGUAAAGCUCAAAGAAGUGGCUGCCAACAUUGAUAAACUUCGCAAAGAUCUGUCCACACAGAAGCUGAGAGAGAGAGACCUUCAAAACAACCAGUCUCUGAGGAGCAAGCAGAAGGAGUCGCAGAAGAUUUCAGGGAAGAUUAAAGAGUUAGAGGAGAAAUUGGGAGGCAUUGAUGUUGCAUAUCUAAGCAGAGAAAGCCGUGAACUGAAAAUGGAGCAUGAGCAGUUGACCAGAAAGCGCCACACAGCCGAGGGUCGCCAGACAGAGCUCGAGAACGUGAUACGUAACACCAGACAGCAGCUGCAGACUGACUCGUACAAGGGUGCAGGGGAGAAGUAUAGGAACAAGAUGAUUGAUCUACGGACUACAGAACUGGCAAAUAGUGAUCUUGAGAAGUACUACAAAGCGUUAGACAAGGCUAUUAUGAACUAUCACAAUAUGAAGAUGGAGGAGAUUAAUAAGAUAAUCCGCGAGCUCUGGAGAAACACGUACAGGGGCAAUGACAUUGAGACGAUAGAGAUACGCUCAGAUGAGGACGAGGCUGCCUCCAUGAAGACACGCAAGGUGUAUAACUACCGAGUGGUGAUGAUCAAGCCUGGUGACACCGUCAUAGACAUGAGGGGCAGGUGCAGCGCGGGACAAAAGGUGCUGGCCUCGCUGCUGAUCAGACUAGCGCUGGCCGAGACGUUCUGUUUGAACUGUGGCAUUUUGGCGCUGGAUGAACCUACGACCAAUUUGGACAGGGAGAACAUUGAGAGUCUAGCUGGCGCACUUGUUGAGAUCAUCAAGGGUCGCAGGCACCAGAAGAACUUCCAACUGGUGGUGAUUACCCAUGAUGAGGACUUUGUGGAGUUGUUGGGGCGCUCUGACUAUGUGGACUACUUCUUUAGAGUGAGCAAGAAUCCAUAUGGAUUUUCCCAACUAACAAAGAAAGAAGUUCAGGAACUCAGAUCUUAAUUUACAUGGCAGACAAGAAAGGAUGAAAAAAAAAUGUACUGCACAAAAUAAACAGAUGAUUUGUGACCUUUUUAAUUGGUGAAAAUACCAUGUGCAUAUUUACUUUAAGAUGGUGUCAAAUGAGAAAUGUGUCUCUUUUAUUUUGAAAACUGUAAAAUAAAUAAAUAAAGAUAACUGUUUUAUAAAGCACAUUAAAAAGCAAUUUUAUACAUUUGUGUUAAUAUAAGAACAUUUCUAUUCUUUAAUUUUGUGUUUAUAUUAUUUGAUUUUUUUUUACAUUUUUCAAUUUUUGCUUACAUUAUUUUGUAAAGGCAUUGCUAAUUUUUGUUGACAGACGUUUUGUUAAUAAAGUUUGAUUUUUGUGUGUGAAAUCAUGCUUCUGCAGUGACAUGCGGUUUUGUUAGGAAGUUGAAAGUGCAUCAAUUGUGAUUUAAUUUGGAGUUGUUAUGGUUAUGUAUUUGUUAUUUGUUCAUGACCUUAAUUACUGUUAUAAUUGCCUACAAAAAGGUAAUGGAUAUUAGACAAAAUCAUUGUUUUAAGUAUUGUAAUAAAAUAACUGAGUAUUGGCUGUAUUUCAUAAUUUAAGGCAAUACAAUUUACAUGAUUAUCUGUGAACAAGGCAGGACUCACUGAAUGAAUACAUUAAUUUGUGCUUAGAAAUUGAAAUGUUUUACUUUUUUGCUGUUGUUGAGUUUAUUUGCUUAUUGUUAUAAUUUCCAAUGCAUUGCCUUAAUAUAUCAAAGGAUGAAAUAACUUAAAUCUUAUUUGAUUUGAUUAAAAAACUUGUGUUUGCCUAAGUUGUUAUCCAUCCAAUUGUUGAUUCCAAUAAAUAUCUGGUUUUCAUGCUAUAUUAGUGCUAUUUCUUUCUUUGUUUGCAUUUGUUAUGGCAUUUCAGAAAUAAAUGUGACAGCAGUUG